AUGGCGCCAACGGCGGAUACCGAAGACACGACCAUGAACGAGAAGAACCCUCCCCCACUCGACGAGGACGACAUCGCCUUACUCCAGACCUAUGUUUGUAUUUCGAUUGCCAUCUCAUCGGGGAGACUCUCUUAUGCGUUUGUCACUAGAGAUUUUAGUUUCUUAGCUGAGCCUGGACUGAGAGAUAUAUUUCUGAGCAUCUAUCCGGCUGAUUGUCACUGAAUUCAAUUGGCUUUGUUGGGAUUUUGUUUCUUCCGCUGUCCUCUAAUGACUUCAUCCAAACCCCUUCUGUGAUGGUAUCUGACUGUGGUUUUCAUACCGAAACAUCUGCGCUUUUUCGAUUUACCGUGGAAUUUUCUUGUAUGAUUUGGGAUCUCGCCGUCCCGUUUCUCCCUUUCGAUCUGUUUAGUUGAUUGAUCGCUCGUUGUGAUAUAUCUUGAUCCUAGCUUCUGGUGGUCUCUCGCUUCAGUCGGUUAGCAUGCCAUGUAGUGUUGUUCUCAUCACUAAAAGGAUUCUGUACCCUCAUUCUUAUCAUCCGCACACGUGGAUUCCUUUUAUUAUGCUUUUACUUGUCGAUUCUUUUUUAUUUUCCAGCUUUUACCUUUUUGAGGAGAAGCACCAUCUUUCUUCGUUCAUUGAAUUCAAAUGUCAGGGCUUAGGACCUUUUUCAAAAAGGAUUAAAAAGGCGGAGAAGGAGAUCAAGGAAAUUGCUAAGAAAGUCAACGAUCUCUGUGGUUUGAUUCCAAACUAUUUUAUCCUUCAAUUUUAUGUAGCUUAUCAUAUAUAAAGAUUAAAAUCGUAGAAGAUAAUCUGAGUGAUAUUGAAUUAAGAAAAUAGCGAUGUUCAUUGUCUGAAAAAUGGGCGUUAUUUGGAAAACAUGUCCUUUUUAUGAAUCAAGAAAUCGUCACAAAUUGCAUGUGUUAUUUGCGUAACUUCUUGAUAGAUUUUUAAUCUCCAUAAAUUAUAUGCAUAUGCAAUCCUGCCGGAUCUGGUGGAGGUCUCAUGAAGAAAGAAGAAUAGGGCGAAAAAAGAGACUUAAAGAGCACUGCUGAUCACUGUCUCUGUCGGCCACAGCUGGUUGUUUCAGGCAUAGUUUGACUAAAAUGGAUAAAGUCUCUUGCAUUUUGUAAGACACAUCAGAUAUUCCCUUGAAUCAGCUACAUUUGCUGACCCAAUCCUGGACCCAGCGUAGCCGAUUUAGCAAUGUAAUUCAAUUAUAGAUGAUAUGUUGCCUGCUCAUCACAGUAAGAAGAUUGAUGGAAGCAUGCCUUCUUCAGUAUCUAAGCUUAGGUUUGUGACUAUUGGUUCUCAAAGUUUUACGGAUAUGGUUUCGAAUUGCUGAGGAAUAAUCAUCCAACCAGUAUAUCCUUGGGUGAUGCCUUGUUCAGCGAUUUUAAUGCGUCUUACGGUGACUUUUUGUGAUGUUACAGUGAAGUAUAUGCUGGGUCAAUUUGGAUUUGGUUCAAAACCUCUUCCGAGUUUUUCAUACAACUUAUUCUUAAGAUGGUUAUACCAUUCACAUCAGCCAGACGAUCCGUAAGUGUCGAAACUUCCCUGGUUGUGUACUAAAUGGAGAUAGGGUGGGUCGAAUGGUCAAUGAUAAUUUUUAAAAUGAAUGCAAAUUGAGCGAAUUUCUUGAGCAAUACACACGAUUUGAUUUUCUGGGUAAACUUGAGUGGAACUUAACCCCUUGGAGGAUAAAUAUGAGUCUUCAGCGAACCACAGAAUAGUAUGGAACAUUCUAGUUUAGCUUCACUUGUGCUGCAGAGUUGGAGGCGAUUUCCUUGCGUUAUUAGGCUCAGGUGGCCUGUUGCUGAAAAUUUGUGGACAGUAGAGGAACAGGUAAAUUAAUUGAUAAAUGGGAUAUGAUAAAUAGAAAGAGGGGAAAAUCCCUCCUUAUUGUCAAUCUUUGAGAACUAUUCAUAUAUUUAUAGGUUUAAGAUUACAAGAACAUAUUGGAUUAUUUUCUCUUUUAUGAUUCCAUGUGUUGAGAAAAUGAAGCAGGGAUAGUGAAGGAUCUAAUCAUCAGGUGGGCAGCUGAUGAAAGUGGUUUGCUUGUGGGAGUAGGAGAAUGACCUUUUUUUCUUACUAAAGAAGAGGAAGGGGGGGGGCUUGCCUGUGAUGGAUUAUUUACUCAAAUAUUUGCCGGCUAUGGCAAUGUAGUUGAAAAUUAGAAAACGAUUUGUAGAUAGUUGCCUAAUAGGGAGGCUUUUUGACGUUGGGGGGUUAUGCAUGGGCCCAAAACCUAAUAACCCUACUUGAUAACUUGCUGUGAGCCUAACGAAGUGUAAUAUACUUCAAAAUCACCUUUAGCCGAACCAGAGAGAUCAUCUGUUAAGGAUCCGUUAAAUGGGAUUAGUAGGAUGCCAGAAAAAUUGGUAUGCGUGAUAUUUUAUGUCCUCACAUAGCUGAAAUUACUCUGAUAUGUGAUAUUCUUGUAGUGCAUAAGAUAAAACAUUUUAUAUUUUUUGAUAUUCAUAUAUCUUGUUCUGUCCAAAUAGUGUGGGAAUUGACGUAGUAUUAAAAAUAGAUGCUUGAUACUUUAAUAAAUUAUUUUAGAAACCAAGUUUCGUUUCCUUGUUACUCCUGAGUAGUAGGCUGGUGGAUCGGCAUCUUCCUUCCCUCGGCAAAAUGUAAGCUAUAUGCGCUAAACUGGAUAAGGAACUUGUUAGUCACUAAGAAACGUACUAAACUGGAUAUGGUAAUGUCUCUUGUGAAUUCCUCUAUCGUCUUUCUCACAUGACAUUUCUCCUAAGCUUGCUCGGGUGAAUUUUCUGUGGAGAUUGUGGUCCAUUGUUAUAACCAUUAAAUCUUCUUGGAAGAUUUUUUUUCUUUAAAUAUUUUUGCACGGAAUUCUAGAUGCUUUUGUGUCUUGCUGAGCUCAUUAACCUACAGGAAUAAAGGAAUCUGACACCGGAUUAGCUCCUCCUAGCCAGUGGGAUUUGGUUUCUGAUAAGCAGAUGAUGCAAGAAGAGCAACCUCUUCAGGUGAGAUGUGAUACGACUUGAGAAGUCAAUCUAGAUCUCUAAAAGACACAUCGGCUGGACUUGACUUUGAGUGACACUUACUGGCAUACAAGGUUGCAAGGUGCACUAAAAUAAUAAAUCCCAACACAGAAGAUGCCAAAUACAUGAUCAAUGUCAAGCAAAUUGCCAAGGUAAGAACAUGCUUUACGUAUGUGGUAUUCUUGUCUUAACAUACUAGUUCAACUUACUGAUUCCUUUCUUUGGUCAAUUCUAGUUUGUUGUCGGUCUAGGUGACAAAGUCUCUCCCACUGAUAUUGAAGAAGGCAUGCGCGUUGGGUAAAGCUGUUACUCUCUCUCUCUCUCUCUCUCUCUCUAAGUGUAGCUGUUGCUUCUUCACUGCAUUUAUCUUGCUUCUGUUCGCAACAAUGGAUAGCUGGCUUCUUGGGUUCUAAUUUAUUAUCCUAUCUGUGUUUUGGGUUUCAGGGUCGAUCGGAACAAAUAUCAGAUCCAGAUUCCUCUACCCCCAAAGAUCGAUCCCAGUGUCACGAUGAUGACCGUCGAGGAGAAGCCCGACAUCACGUACAAUGAUGUCGGCGGCUGCAAGGAGCAGAUCGAAAAGAUGCGAGAGGUGGGUGGGUUUUGUAUUGAUCGUAUCACAUCAUCCAUCCCUCUUUCCUCUGUAUUAAUUUUGGUUUAUAUCGUCAUCUUCACCAGGUUGUGGAACUUCCCCUGCUCCAUCCGGAGAAGUUUGUAAAGCUUGGAAUCGACCCCCCUAAGGGCGUCCUCUGCUACGGUCCUCCAGGGACUGGGAAGACUCUCCUGGCCAGGGCCGUGGCCAACAGGACGGACGCAUGCUUCAUCCGUGUCAUAGGCAGCGAGCUCGUUCAGAAGUACGUCGGAGAAGGAGCCCGCAUGGUCCGCGAGCUCUUCCAGGUGCGCCCCGAGUUGCUCCGAGUGAAUCAGAAUCAAUUGAGCCAGCUCUGAGCUGCUUGUUCCUGCUGUGCGUGGAUGUUGUUACAUGUUAGAUGGCCCGUUCGAAGAAGGCCUGCAUCGUCUUCUUCGACGAGGUGGACGCCAUCGGCGGCGCGCGCUACGAAGACGGCGCGGGCGGGGACAACGAAGUCCAGCGCACGAUGCUCGAGAUUGUGAACCAGCUCGACGGGUUCGACGCCCGCGGCAACAUCAAGGUCUUGAUGGCCACCAAUAGGUUUGCUUCCUCUUCCCUCCUGCAUGCAUUUCUCCUCCAUGCCCACCUGAUUAUCUCUGCCCCCGCCCUUGCAACGGACAGGCCGGACACCUUGGACCCCGCCCUUCUGCGCCCGGGUCGUCUGGACCGCAAGGUGGAGUUCGGCCUGCCGGACCUGGAAGGGCGGACGCAGAUCUUCAAGAUCCACACCCGGACGAUGAACUGCGACAGAGACAUUCGCUUCGAGCUCCUCGCUCGCCUCUGUCCCAACUCUACUGGUGCGCCUUCCUUCCUUCUCCUUCUGCUGGUUGGUGUUGGUGUUGGUGUUGUUGAGGUUGGGGCUGUUGGUGUUGCAGGGGCGGACAUACGAAGCGUGUGCACGGAGGCGGGGAUGUUCGCCAUCCGGGCGAGGAGGAAGACGGUGACCGAGAAGGACUUCCUGCAGGCUGUGGACAAGGUCAUCAAGGGCUACCAGCGCUUCAGCGCCACCCCCAAGUACAUGGUCUACAACUGA